UGUACAAUUUGAAAAAUGUUACUUUUGUUAGGAGCCCGAUGAAGUCAUCCUUCCUGUGCAAAUAGAAAAUAUGAAAGGAAAACAAUUUGUUUUCCAAAUACAAUUAAAUAACUAUAAUCUCAACUAUGGAUGGGAAUUCUACACUGUCAAGAAACUUUUUGACUCUUUUCAAGAAAUUGACAAAGCAAUUCAGCUUGAUAAAAUGACAAAAGUUUACAUCAGUGAUACUUCAAAUGAAUGUAGCAACAACUUAUCAAUUGAAGAAGAUGGUGAUUGUACAAAAUUUCAAAUACUUGAUGUUCAAACCAAUAUGCAACUCACACCAACAUCUGUACUCAAGGAAAACAAAAAGGCAUAUUCAGGGACUACUACAAAGCAACAAAGGAAGAAGAUACAAAAAACACUUUAAAGUUGUCUUUCAAUCUCUAAUAUUUUCUAUGCACAAUUUGGUUUUAAUGAAUUUGUGAUUUUG